AUGGAGGUCAACGCUCGAUUCCCGAUGGCGCUGUUCCGGCGGCAGGACCGUUACCGGCAGGGUCGGGCGUGUGCAAUCACGGGUGCGUCCUUGUCGCCGGCAGCCUUGUGUUCCAUUGGCAAGGCGCGCCUUCACGUUUCCACGAAUCUUCCUCAGCAGGUCGCGAAGCGAGGAAACAACUGCAGCGCGCGUGCCACGCGGAAGCGUGGAUCGAGUGACUUGUUUUCUCCGCCUGCCCUGGCGGCAGGCAAAUUGCCUGCGUACCAUUCAAGGUUGAGCUUUCUGGCCUCUUCUCGAGGCCUUCCUUUUUGUGUCCAUCCAGACCCGUGCUCCGCAAGUCCGACGGUGCAGUUCCCACUGCAAGGGAAACUCAAAUUUCUUGCAAAGACGCCGCCGCAUUUUUCUUCUAACGCAAUCCGCCUGCCUCAACAAUUCGUGCACACGCAUGAGCGGCCGGGAGUGCAGACACGAGACAACCUGUUAGCGCCAAUGCCCAGUCGAAGGCCAGCAGAAGGCAACGGCUCUGCGUCGCGUUCCUACGCAGAGAGUGGCCGGUCUCCCUCUGUCGGCGACUUUUUCGAGGCGUAUGGCCUGGAUGCUGUAUUGCUUGUGGAGUACUGCGGGCUGAACCCGAUGGGUGGCAAGGCUAAGGCUGGCUGCCCGAAGCAAAACCUGCAACAGACACUUGAUUGCCUAACAAGUGAAGGUUUCUCCGUGUCCGUUUUUGAGGAGUUCGCCUCUCCGGUGGCGGCGACUCCGAUCGCCCCAGGCGGGAACCGCAAGCUGAGGCUACUAACGCAGAUUGUCUCGCCGUCUUCGCCUUUGUAUCUCCCCGCCCACAUGCCGCUGUAUGAGGGUGAAAUCGGUGCACACACACAGGAUUCCCAACCUGUCUUUUCCUUGUAUUACUCGCCAAGUGCGGGUUACGCUUGCGGAGAAAUCGACGUUCCUCAGCGAACGCUACGCGUGGAAGGCGGCUUAACGGCCGAAGGCGUCGAGAUGCGCAUCGCGUCGGCCACCGGAGGGGUGCCUCGAGCCGAGCUGUAUGUACACCAGAUGUCGGCGCUGGGUGCGCGAGACGGGACCACUCGGCUCGCACGCCGGCUCUUUCCCUCCCUUCAGAAAAUAUACCUGAGGUCUUCCGUGAAUACACUCAUCUUGGCCCACGUCGUUCAAGUGCGUUCCUUCUGUGGGCUUUUGCGGCUGGCCGUUUGCGGUAUCCAGGACUACAGCUCGCCCUCAGCUUUCCACCGAGCCGUGCUUCGACACCUCACCGCAUCCCUCCAGGUUCCUCACUCUGAGUUCACAAUUCGCUCCCAUCUGGACUACUUCUCCCCAGCGGCGGCAAUUCCAGAGCCUGCAGCAAGUCCCUCAGAUCUGGGCGUGAUCAGCCCCUCAGACGUACCAUCAUCGCAGCCUGCUUCGCCGUCGACUCGUCACUCGACAGGCUUUCCACAGUGCAAGGAAUCUGCUCCUGCAGCUGGACCUCCUCGGGCUGUCUUUGGUGCACCCACGGACACGCACCAAGACGCGGCGCGGCAGGCGACAGCCGCAGCGCUGGAGAGCUUUCCAGACACCAACCAGAGUGCGUCUUUGGCAAAGGCGCACCGCCACCGACCCCACCCUCUGUACGUGUCGACGGCGUCGCAACUCGGGCUUCUAAAGCCUUCCGGCCGACAAGGAAAUACUGUCGCUUCCACGUCGUCCUUCCUUGUGCCGCCGCUGCAUCUGGCCGCCUUGCCCCCUGGCGCUCCCGUCACGGCCACUCGCCGACUUUCGUCGACAUUUAUGAAGCACUUUUCCGACAGCACCUCGACCGCCGCAAGGGAGGCCGCGAAUGUCUCAGGGGAGUCCGGAGACCGCCGAGACUCGCCGCCUCGAAAAAGCGCAAUGCAGUCCGUCGCAAGCGAUCGAGACUUGCCCGGGGCACCGCGCCCGCCGCGUCCUGCGCACAGCAGCGUAGAGGCAGGUGCGAGCGUCUUUGGUUCUGAAGCGAAUCCAGCUUACGGGGACGAGUUUCCGCGUGAGGGGCCAGAGCUCGGCCAGGCCAGACGAGCCGAGAGACCGGCAGCGCAUGCAGCUUGUGACGGGGGAGACGCGCCUGUGUUGCUUGUGCCGUCCGUGCGGGUCAUGGACGCCGGCAAGCUUGUCCAAGUGAUUUCGUCGCGAUCCGCCAACAGUAGAUUCUUCCUGGAGGUCUUGACCCUCCUUGCGCCGACGAGGUACUGCCUCCGGCGUUACCCGCCUUCCCUGCUGAAGCCGUUGCUGACCGUUUUGCAACACGAGACGCAGCAGCAGGUUUCACAGGAACGUUUCUUGGAAGGCGUCGAGAAGGCGAUCGCUCUGAUCGAACAGGUGAUUCUUCUAGAAGAGGAAGAACAAGAGGCAGCUGCUGAGGGGGCUGCCCUAGCAGCGAUUGCAGCCGCGGAACACAUGAGUCGCCUCGCAGCUGCAACCGAGCUGCAUGAUUUUCAGUCUCUGCAGUCGGGCGACCCUUCGGCUUUUGCGCUUUCCAACGAAGACCUCCAGAGGGCCGCCGACGCAACCGCCACGGCGGCAGCCGCCGCGCGCGCGGUGGAAGAGGCCGCGGCGGCUCGGGAGGCUGCGGCAGAGGCGGCCGCUCGCGCGCUGGCGACAGUCGCGGGUGGGCACGCGACCAGUAGCAGCACGCGCGGGUUGUUGCCGAUCCUCGAUGACUAUUUCCGCCGCAUGGAACGCUUCCGCGGCCACAUUCAGCCGUUCUGCGUUCCGUACGCCCACGCGGUUGUGGCGGCUGCCGUUGACGACCUGCUCGUGGCGAUUUUCGAGGACUUUGCUGGCGUUGCGUCGAUGCCGCCGCUUCCCGCCGUCUGUGCUCUUGAAGAUUUCCUUCCUGGCAGAGAGCAGGCGAGCGCGGGCCAGAAGACCCUGCUGACGGCUCGGGAUGUCAUCGACCUUUUCACUGCAACCGAGCGGCGACAGUCCCCCAAGGCUUCUGCGCCUGCGCCGUCCUCGCGCGUUGCCCAGCUGUUGGAGAAGCAGGGGAAAGACAGCCUUCACAUUCCUCCCGCGACGUUGUUCUCGAGCAUUGCGGCGCUCCUGCGCCAGCGCCUGGCCGUGCCCGCCGCGCCGCGUGCGCCGACGGGGUCGGGGCCGCCAGGGCGGCAGAUCGGCGACGCAGCCUGGCCUCGCGUUCUCGCCGCGCUGCAGAAACGGCUGUGGGGCGAUACGUUGAACGAGUCGGUGUAUUUGAAAAAGGGGAAACCUCCGCUGGAACCUUUGAAGGCGGCAGGCAGGAACGGGCGAGAGAGACGAGCGGCCAACGGGAGUCGUUUUGGCGCGCAGACCGAAAUCUCGGACGCGGUGGACGACCCAGAUGGGAGUGUCGCGACAGACAGCCACGCCGCGACCGGGUUCUGGAAUGACGGUUUCGAGGACACUGCACGGUUUCAACACGCGGCCGCGUUGCCGCCUGAGGUUCCAAGCCCGCACGCCGAGAUGACUCGCAUCUCGCCGGGGCCGGAGUCCGAAGGAGAAGGCGGCAACGCCGGGCGAGAAGCUACCGCAGAACACUUGCAACCUGGCAAGGGACGGAGCGCCGUGGACGCCCAUUGGAGCAAGACGCCAGAACACCCCCGGGACCGACACGGUCACCAGAUUGCCUCCGCAUGGACGACGCCUCGUGUAGCCGCCUGCUCGCGCGCGUACACGGCCGCCAAGAAUUUCGCAGCAGCUGCGGUCGAGAAGCGGCUGCGAGAGCUGAGCCAGGAACUCCAACCGUUGCUCCCCGACAUUUUGUUGGCAGCACACCUCAUCAUCAUUGUGCAGAGCCUCAGCCAGCACUCGACGUUUGCCGCCAUGCGCGGAUGGCAACUGCCGCGACUGCUGAACCCGAACUCCCCGGCGGAGCUCAAGGUCGACACUCUCACACCGUACUACAUGCCUAGACCUGAUAUGCAGACGCUUCGCCGGCAGCGCGCCCUCCAAAAGGAACAAGCGGAGGCGUUGCAUGCACAAGCGGAGGCGUUGCAUGCACAAGCGGAGGCGUUGCAUGCACAUGAGCAGACAGCGAGCGAGGCAGGCGACUCGACGCAGGAGCGAGGGCAUCGAGCUGGCGGCAAGAUGUUUGCGAACGUGCCGACAUUCCCAGCCUCGCGCGGAGGUCUGCCGGUGCAGGUUUCGGGGGAAACGGAGUUGGUGGCCGAGCCGUCGGAGCGCGACGAUUCGGUUCGCGAGAAGAAGCCAGCCUCAAAGGACCGGGAGGCUGUGAGCUACUCCUUCGACAUGCAAGGCCUGUUUGUUUUGACGGGCGAGAACAUGGCUGGGAAAAGCACCUUUUGUCGGUCUGUGCUCGCGCUCGUCGUCCUCGCGAAUGCCGGUACAACGGUGCCGAGGUACGGGGCGUUCUUGGCGUCGUCGUACAUGGCCCACGACUCUCCGCUGGAGAACAAGUCGUUUUUCUUCGAAGAGCUUUCUCAGCUCCACAACAUUCUUUCCCAGGCGCGGAGCUACGACGGCACAAUGCCGCCCGAGAAGCCGGCGCCUGUUCCCACCUUCUCGCGCGCAGCCUUUUCCGCGGGCUCCGACCCCGGAGCGUCUCUCCGACUGGCGGCGCACGACGCCGCGCCGGCGACCACGCCGUUUGUGAUUGUCGAUGAACCCUGCAAAGGGACAGCGCCCAAGUGGGGAGCAGGGUUCGUCGGCGCCGCCUUGGAGCUCCUCUGUCGCGGGAGCACUCACGGCGUCCUGUCCACGCACCUGCACCAUGAGCUCAGCCGCCUUCCGCUCGACCUUCAUCCGAACGUUCGAUUCAAGCGAAUGGGCGUGCGCAGGCGACAGCUGGCCUCCUCCCUGGCGCUUCCGGGAAGCGCCGCCGGAAUGCGAGUGCUGCCUGAGAGGCCGGGCGCGCAUCUCGGCGAACUCCCACGUCCCUUUCAUGCGCUGCUAGGGUCGUCAGAGACCAGUUCGCAGUCGGGGGAACCUCACUGCGACGAUAGAGUCUACACGUACGAACUCCUAGACGGCAUUUGCCGAGACAGCAACGCGAUGCAAACCGCGUGGAAAGUGGGCAUGCCUCCAGGUAUCAUCUCUCGGGCCAACGAACUGCAAGCGCACUUAGACGUGGCAGAUCCGACGCGAGACCGCUGUGCGAUCGGCGACUCCGGUGCGUCAGCGUUUCGCGAAAACACAGCUGUCUCGAGAUCCGUUAUCAAAUCAGAUGCGAGCGCUGGAAAGCGAAGCCCUGGAAACGCUGCCGAGAAGCGAUUUCCUGAAGUGCACGAAAUCGCGAAUCCGGCGGCAUUGUCGGGUGUACCCGCAGCGCCGUCGGCGGCGUCUGGGCAUCAGGCCGCAAGCACUCAGGAAAAGCAGGCUACGGCGGCCGACACCUCGGAAUCCCCAGAGACGCGCGCGCGUCGCGAGAACGCUCCUGAGCAUACAGGCGCACCGGACGGGGAGUCGACGGCGUGUGGUGUCGCUUUAGACGAGGCUCACGGGAUUCUCGCUUCGUCCGAACGGAGUGCGUCUGUGGUGAAGGCUUUUGCAUCCUCCGCGAUGGCCCUCCAGGCGCUCCUCCAGAGACUGCGCGCGGCACUGGUAGAAACGACCCAGGAACUGACCUCAAAACACGGUUGCGGCGACUGCGGUCGCCAGGAAGCACAGUCGACAGAUCCCACGUUCCGGGCGGGGGCGAGAGCUGCCGAGCGCAGUGGCGCGUCGACCGCGACGCGUCCGCCGCCGCCGGUGCUCCUGCUGCCGGCCUUGUCCGCGCGUCUCGCCGCGCCGCCGCCCUGGCAAGAUUGUUCCGCAUGCGUUUACGUGCUCGUCGCGCCGUGCAGCGUCUCUCGCAGCGCGCAGCGGCGCGCCGUUCUCGCGAACGGCGCUCUGGCUGCAGUCCCGGGGUCGCCUUCGGGCGGGGACUCCGGGCCCUCUGGUGCACUGGUGGACACGGCGGCGGCCUUUUGCGCGAAUGUGUACGUUGGGGAGACGGAACGGCUCGAGACACGUCUACGGACGCAUAGCCGUUCCACCCUUUGGGCGCAUGCGCGCGUGCUCGCAGUCCGAGUCAGGAGCAAGGCGGAAGCCAGAGAAAUUGAGACAGCCUUGAUUCGUAGACUGAAGGAAGAGAAAGGUGUUGUGCUGCUGUCGCUGAAGGACGGGAACCGUCGCGCGUCCGGCCUGGGUCUCGGGGAAGAGACUGCAGCUGCCUAUUUCCAGGAAGGGAAAGAACAUUCCGAUGCCUAG